CUACCAAUAAAUUCAAGUUACGUGCGUAGUAGUCGGAGAAGCUUAGCUUGGCGUAACCAACCCCCUGGCAUGAGAUGGAGCCCAAUAUAGCUCCGGCCCCACUUAUGGCUAGCAAGGGAAGUACAUAGGUACAUACGUAGCUCUUUUUCCCACCAAAUUUACAUUACUAUUAUUUUGUCAACUUCACCACGCUCCGUCUAACACAGCCAUUGAGCAUCGACAAGCAAAAUGGCCGAUACUACGAAACCCGUUAAGAAGGCUUCACCUAUCAAAAAUGGUUACCUGAUCCUUUAUAAUGCCGUAUCGGCUGCUCUCUGGCUCACCGUGCUGAGCCGCGUCGUCGUCGCCAACCUGACUGGCACUCCGCAGGCGGUCUACCCUGCUGUUGGCGAGUUCUGCAAGUGGACGCAGACGUUGGCCGGAAUGGAGAUCUUGCACUCGCUACUAGGUGUCGUACGCGCCCCGUUCUUUACGACCUUCAUGCAAGUCUUCAGCAGAUAUGCGAUCGUGUGGGGGAUUACCGGACUGUUCCCCGAGCUCGCCCUCGGAAGCGGGAGCGGUGACGGUUACAGCAGCCUGGCGUACUCGUCGAUGCUGGUAGCGUGGGGUGUUACCGAGGUCAUCCGAUAUUCGUUCUUCGCGCUAUCGCUUUCUUCGGGCGGGCAACCACCUGCGAUACUGCACUGGCUGCGCUACCACACUUUCUUCAUCCUAUAUCCCAUCGGUAUUUCCAGCGAAGCGUACCUGAUCUGGCGCGCCGUUGAACCUGCCAAGGACGGCGUAAGCCCGCUAUACUCGACCGUACUUUUUGGAUACGUCGCGUUGGUUUACCCUCCUUCUGCGUAUUUCUUGUAUACGCACAUGAUGGCCCAAAGACGAAAGAUCUUCGGGACUAAGACGCAGAAGAAGGUCACGAAGUAGAGUUCGCACGUGUUCGCUUAUAUCGUAAGGAAAGGAACGGGUUGCAAAGCCCCGAUGGGAGAUGAAUAUAUUCACGAACAAAUACGUAAUUGGGUUGCGGUAAUAUAUAUGUAGAAGCAUAGACAAGAUACGCUUAUAGACAAGAGGCUCAUAAACAAUAGCCGCUUAAUGAUUCCCGGCUAUUCGAUUGCGCGUCGGCCGCUGGUCUCGUACCAUUCGUUGCGGGACCAGCGCACUAUCAAGUUCUUCGCGUCUUCCGAUAACUUGCGAUACCCAGGGUUCUCUUUCGGCUCAAACAUUGCUGCAUACUAACGUCAGUACCCGCUUAAGCCGUUCGAAUCACCGCGAGAUGAGGAACAAAGGCAAAGAAAACAAACUUACCCAUAUGUGCCCCUAUCUCGUCC